AUGGAAGAGGCUUCCACUUCUCAGAACAGCAGCCUUGAAGCAUCCACUAGACCUUACCACGUUUUUAUCAAUCAUCGUGGGCCGGACGUGAAGUAUACUCUUGCCAGCACCAUAGAUUUUUGCCUCAGUGACAAGGGGUUGAAUGUGUUUUUUGAUAAUACUGAGUUUCGGGCAGGACAGAUUUUAUCGCCAACGAUAAUAGAAGCAAUUCGAACUUCUUCAGUCUACAUUGCCAUUUUCUCUCCCAGAUAUGCCGAAUCGUACUGGUGCUUAGAAGAACUCCGUCUAAUGCUCGAAACUGGUCGUAAAAUUAUUCCCGUAUUUUAUGGCGUUAGACCUAAAGAUCUUAGUCAGCAGAGAGAUGAUAAAGGAAUCUAUGCACAAGCAUUGAGCGAGUUUCAGAUCAAAGAUCACUCACUAAUCUCUCAAUGGAGACAAGCCCUUAAACAAGCAUCCAAUAUUUCAGGGUUGGAACUGAAUUCAGAAAAGUUUGGUCGGGACCAAGGAAAGCUCGUGGAAGCUAUUAUCGGUCAAGUUAUGGAGUAUGUUAGGAUGGCAAGCGUGGAGUUUCCUGAUAGCGGUCUCCUAGGCCUAAAAGAUGCAGUCAAGAAUUUCAAAGCCUUCCUGUCCGAAUGCAGCAAACAGAAUGAGAAAUAUGUUAAGAUUGUGGGAAUUGUUGGAGUUGCGGGUUCCGGGAAAACAACUUUAGCGGAAAAUUUAUAUUAUGGCCAGCGAUAUUCAUUCAACAGAUCCAGUUUUAUCUUUGGCGUGAGCAAAGCGUCUAAACGAAAUGGACUGGCAAGCCUGCAGAGGCAGCUCUUGAAGGACCUCACGAAUGACUCAUCAGUUGAAAUUAACAAUGUAAGUCUUGGUAAAGAGAUUCUUGCAGAUCGUGUACAUUACCUCAGUCGCAAAAGAUCACUGAAAUUUCUGAUUGUAAUCGAUGACGUUGAUCAUCUAGAGCAGUUAGAUGCUCUUCUCCUCAAAGAUAAUGUCUUGGGCGCGGAAAGCUGCGUUAGAGUCACAUCCCGUGACAAGGCCAUCCUCAAUCUUUCAAGAAUCACACUACAGUAUAAAAUGCAACCCCUGAGUAGGGACGAUGCUAGAAUGCUCUUCUCUGCACACGCCUUUCCCAGAUCUGAAAUAAUGUCUGGAUUUGAGGCUUUGGUGGAUAUAGCUUUGGAAAAAUGUAGCGGUUUCCCCUUAUUUCUCAAGGCUAUGGGGGAGCAUCUCCAUUUGUAUGGAAGGAACAACAAAGAAUAUUGGAAAAGCCAGCUAGAGAUGAUCUCUCAAGUACCUGAGAUUGUCCAUGCCUGCUACGGCGGCCUUGGAGACGAGGAGAAGCAGAUAUUUCUAGAUAUUGCUUGCUUUUUCGUCGGAAUAGAAAGGAAUCGUCUCAUACGCAUUUGUGCUGGAUCAGGAUGGAGAUUUGUACGUGCCCUUCAAAAGCUGGAGUACCUGUCACUUAUUGAAACCGAUGAAAAGGAUCGGGUAAAGAUGCAUGAAUCUCUUUGUAAUUUGGGAAAACAUAUGGCAGAGCAGCAGCUCUACGAGUCCCCCCAUCUUCCUAAUCGCCUGUGGCGUUCAAACGAAGCUGCAAACUUCUUUGGAAAUCUACUAGUGUUACCGGAACAUACAAAAUGCAGGGUAAUGACGAAGCCUACCUAUCCUGGGCGCUAUGAAAGAGGAAAACUGAAAAUAGAACUGCUUGAUGUAGAUGGUGAUCUUUCUAAUGCUAAAAUGAGCGAGCAAUUAACAGAUCUGAUAUGGUUUCGGUGGAAAAAUUGCCCCAGAAAGAGCAUUCCUUUUGUUGAGAUGAAGAACUUACGAGUGUUGGAAUUGGUGGAAGGGAAACUCAAAAGGCUGUGGGAUCCUAGUCCUACUUUCGAGUUUCCCGCACAGUUAAGAGAGCUCAAUGUUGUAAAAUGCAGGCAAUUUGCAGCAAUGCCACCAGGGAUAGAAUCGCUUGAGUGUUUGGAGAAGAUAACAUUGGAUAAGAAUCUUAGUCUCAAAAAAUUGCCAAAACAGUUCUGCCAACUAAAGAGUUUGGUAUAUUUGAAACUAAGGAAAUGUGAAGGCCUGACAUCCUUGCCCGAUUGUUUUGGGCAAUUGACAAAUUUGCAACAUUUAGACCUUUCUGGUUCCCAACAUUUAUCUUCACUACCGGCGUCCUUCGGUCUGUUGAUACAACUGAAAACUCUUGACGUGAGAAAUUGCAGGAACCUGAUAAUUCAAGAAGAUAUAUUUGGGGAAAUUAAGACCAUUGAGGAGCUCAACUUCGAAAACUGUAAGAACUUACGCCGGUUGCCUACUCAGACAACCCUACAAGGGUCGUUGGUGAAGCUCAAUUUGCUUGGUACCAAAUUAGAAGUAUUCCCUGAGAAUAUCGCCCAACUGACAAGCUUGCAGGAAUUGCAAGUAGGGAGUUCUUCGUUGAGCAUGAUACCCUUUUCUAUCCUCGAGAAUCUUCCCUCGUUGAAGGAGAUUCAAUUUUUCAAAUGCGAGCGGAUCCAAUCUUAUCCCAAUUCCAUUGGACGCUUGCUUCUACAUGACAUAAAAAUGACAGGUGCUAAGAUAUAUUCAGAGCAUCAUAGCUUCCAAGUGAGGACAACUGAUGCUUCAUAUCUCAGUUCUGACAUGCCAUUGAUGGACGCACCUUCUACUUCUAGAGUGCAACCGUUGGCAUGA